AUGUCCCCCAUAUAUGACACUCACGCGGCCGGUCGCGCGAUCCACAUCCACCCCGAGUUUCUGCUUCCCGAACUGUCGCACGCAUCGAGUGGGACUCGUAAAGAUCCCCUGCACCGAUGUGUCAAUCCGCGGCGGUUUUUACCAGCGUCGGAGCUGGAGUUGCUGCGCCGGUUCUUUCCUGCUGCGAUUGAAGCACGCGUGCUCAUUUCGGGCUUUCUCAUCGUGUUAUUUCGUAAUCGGAAGGAUAUCGAUGCAUCUUGGCUAGAAGGGUCUGUUCGUUCGUUCGGUCUGCUGCGCUUGGGACAUGAUGUCGCGAUUCAUUAUCCCACCGAGACGGUCCCCGAGAGUCGAAAUGCCGUCGCAGAUGCGCAGAAUGGCUCGGCCACGCCUUUGGGCCUCAAGCUGAAGUUUCUCGAUGACUCGGAGGGUAUCACUGUGCCAACUCAUGCUUUUGUUGACAUUGAGACACUACAGGAGAAUAUUGCACGUAAAGAAGCCAGCUGCUGA